AUGAUCGUUGACGCUGUUCAAGAAAGAGAGGAUGAGUUUAGCGAGUAUGGAAAUUGCAAGGGUCCCAAUGCUCUGUACAUCAAGCUGAUCUCGAGCGAUGGAUAUGAUUUCAUCGUCAAGCGCGAGCACGCCUUGAUGUCGGGCACGAUCAAAGCCAUGUUGAGCGGACCCGGUCAGUUUGCGGAGAAUGAAACAAACGAAAUUCACUUCAGGGAGAUUCCCUCUCACGUGUUGCAUAACGUCUGUAUGUACUUCACAUACAAAGCUCGUUAUUCAAACAGUUCGACUGAAAUACCAGAGUUCAUUAUCAAGCCUCAAAUCGCUUUGGAACUACUGAUGGCCGCCAACUUUUUAGACUGUUAA